UUAGUGCAGCAUGCUUAAAAUAUGUAGUACGUCUAAAAUAUCCUCUUUCAGAGGCAAUUUAGCAACUGAUUUAGCAAGAUUGUAACAUAAAGGCACAGAGCUGCUGUGUGUCUCUUUUGUUCUUAUCACUCACCUCUGUCUAAGAACAGAGUUGCAUCCUUCAAAGAUGAGGUAAUGUGCAUUUUGUGGCAUGAUGACGUCUGAGAUUCAAAAGGAUGCGUGACGGUCAGAUUAUCUGAUGUCUGACUGCCAAAGGUAUGGACACAAGUCAGACUGGACAGACCGGUCAGUGACAUGCAUCCUGUGCUGUCCUGUCACGUUCACUGCUCUGCAGCGAGUCUAUAAGAUGCCACGCUGUUCUGCAAAUCCAUCCCUUCACUGAAUGCCGCUCACAGUAAGGAGGAUUGCGUGACCUCGAAGCUGUCAGGAAAUUCUGCAACCUGACUGGGAUUUGUGAAACUUUUCACAGUUGAACUCCAACCUACAGACCUGUUCACGCACAAGUCUGUUUAUCUUGUUACCUGAAAAGUCAAAGAUAUGGGGUGUUUGCUCAAUAACAGCAGUGUGUAACUCUCAUGACCCUGACCAGUUCAGUUUACUCCUGAAAGCUUAAGCCAUGUCUGAAAGGAUGGUCAUGUCCCAACCCAGGCCCUUCAUCAUGACCAGUGUGUCCAGCCAAUGGACCUCUGGCAUCUGUGAUUGCUUCCAAGACCUGCCGCAGUGCUGCCUCGCCUUUUGGUGUCUUCCCUGCUUCACCUGUAAGACAGCACAUGAGGCCGGGGAGUGUGUAUGUUUACCUCUGCUGGACACUUUUGGACUUAUCCCUCCUAUGACCACAGCCCUCAGGGUGUCAGUACGCCAACGCUAUGGCAUUGAGGGUACCAUUUGCAGGGAUUGUCUGUACUCCUGCUGCUGCGGGCCCUGCACCUGGUGUCAAAUAGCAAGAGAGAUGAAAACAAGGAAGAAUCCCAUCACCUUCGUCAGCAUGGCCGCCAGAUAAGAACAAAAUGCUGAAUUCGCAUCAUCGCUGCGUGUGAUGCAUUGCUGGUUCAAGCAUGGCUGCCUCUGUGGAAUGUCGCUGAGCAACUGAUUGAACAUCAGCACAUGAGGGUCAUAAAUGUUGCAUCACUUGAUGACGGAAAGAAGAGAUAAGCACACACUUCACCUUUGUAAAAUCCAUUAACAGAUACAGUAUAAACGAGAACUUAACAGUGACAGUAGUGGUAUGAACUGAACUGUAUUUUAUACAGUUUUUGGGUUACUGACUUUGCACACAGAUUUCACACAUACAUCUUUAAUAUUAUAUAAGGAAUGCUUUUGUUUUUUUACUUGUUUUCCUUCACUUUCAAGAUGCUUGUUUCAUAUGUUCCUUUUGGAUAAUUGAUUACUUUGUCUUUGUAUUGGUUGUUAUCCUUCAGAAGUAUGUAUAUGAUAUGUUUGUAUAUGGGCUAAUUUUCACUUGUUAUAUGAAAAGACAAAGACGGCGGCCGUACUGAAACAUAGCUCUUCAUAAGAUAUCAUGUUUAGGCAUGGAGUUACAGCCAUGCUGGCGGCGUGGGUCAAGGGGUGACAAUGUUGAACUCUCGGUCAGUCUCCCAUUUUGGUCCAGACCGAGAUUUCUCAACAACUAUUGCAUUGAAAUUUGGUAGAGAUUCAAGGUCCUCAAAGGACGGAUCCCUCUGACUUUGGUGAACUUCUGACUUCUCCUAAAGCACCACCACAAGAUUGACAAUUUAUUCUACACUUUUGACCAAAUACCUGCAAAACAAAUAACAUUCCCAUCAGUCUCAGCUGCAGGCCUACUUUGUUAAUAUGCUAAAUAACAAUAGUGAACAUGGUAAAAAAAUUACCUGCUUACAGUAACAUCAGCCUGUUAGCAUUGUCCCUGUGAGCAUAUUAGCAUUCUGAUUUUAGCCUUAUUAAGCUCAAAGCAGCGAUGUGGCAAAGUGCUAACAGGACUGUACACUCAACACCUAGAGGUGUGCGAAAAUCACUUUUCCUGAAUGACUGGUUAUAUUGUGUUACUAACUAUUAGAAUAUACUGUAAUUCUUAGUUCCAUGAAGUUGUGCUAUAGAUGCAUUUGUGAUAAAUCAUACAUUCUUCUUAUUUAUGUCUCUGAAUCUUUCAGUCUGUUCCUAAUAUUUUUGUCACAUACAAGUCAACAGUGCAAUAAAACUCAAAGUCUGUCUGAAGUUCAACACAA